GAGACUCGAACUUAGAUACAAAGAAACGAACACACUGUUAUGAUCAACUGACCUAACUCAUAUUUACGAAAGAAAAUAAUUCUUAAUACGAUAAGUAAUUCCUAAAAAUGGCCAUGAUACUUUGGUUAGUACUUGGUGCUAUAUGAAUCAUUCCCCCACCACAUGUGGUUGGAUCAGACGGUCAGAACAUCAUUGGAAAUGUUCUCUUGGAUGCAAAAUGCAAAAAAGAAAGAAAGAAAGAAAAAAUAAAAAUCAUGAGGCUAUUAUUAUAAGCUCCCCCACUAAAGAGACGGGCACGAGGGCACGUGGUGGCUGAUUCCGCUAGUUAUUAAAACUAGUACUGGCGACUUUCCAGUAAAACCGUUGAGCCCCAACCUCCUCCCAGCUGGCAAUAGCUGUCCGAUCCCUCCCUCCCCCAUGUGACCCCACUGCACAAUAGAGAUCGAGAUAAAAUUUAUUUCAUUAAAUAAAUAAUAAAAAAUAUUAAAAAUAAAAGAAGAAGCUCAAAAUAUAAUCAUGUUGUCUCGUGGGUUUCUUUCUUAACCCCCCCUCCUCAAACAAUAUUCAUGAUUGAACCUUCAACAUUCCCUGGUUUGUGUGUAUUUUUUUUUUUGGGUAUAUAUAUAGGAGCCUUUGUUGGAGCUUGUAAUUUUGUUUGGUUUCUUCCGAGACUCAUAUCCCUCAUCUCCUCUCUUUCAUUCUCUCUCUCUCUCUCUGUCUCUCUUAAUCAUUUUAACAUUCCAAGUUUGAUUGAGAUUGUGGUUAAUUUGUGUACAUUAUGGCACAAUUACCUCCUAAAAUCCCAAGCAUGACACCCAGUUGGCCUGACUUUUCUCACCAAAAGAUGCCUCCCAUGGGCCAUUUUGCACCCAAUGGAAAUGCCCCUGCGGUCAACGCCACCACCGCAUCUCAAAACUCUUGUUGGGUUGAUGAAUUCAUCGACUUCUCUUCGGCGAGACGUGGGUCCCACCGGAGAUCGGUCAGCGACUCCAUUACCUUCCUCGAGACACCAAUGCAGGACGAAUGCCGUGCACCGCAUGGUUCACACCCCAACAACCACGAGUUUGAUAGGUUUGACGACGAACAAUUCAUGUCCAUGUUCACAACCGAAGAAAUCUCUGCUGCCGCCGCCGCCGCCGGCCCCACCGGCUCGUCCUCGAACCCGUCCUCGCCUUCCGACCAUAACAGCAUUAAUGAGGACGAGAAAGAAGCGGAUGCGCCUCAUCACAAGCAGCUGAAGAACGAAUCUGAAGAGGUGGAAAGCCAAUGCGAACAACCAAAUCCAAAUGAUACAACGAAGAGCAAGUCCAAUGACAGGAAAAUUGAUCCAAAAAGGGUCAAGAGAAUCUUGGCAAACAGACAAUCUGCACAAAGAUCACGGGUGAGGAAGCUGCAGUACAUAUCAGAACUCGAACGCAGCGUUACCUCUCUACAAGCUGAAGUUUCAGUUUUGUCACCGCGGGUUGCGUUUCUUGACCAUCAACGCUUGCUGCUAAAUGUCGACAACAGUGCUCUCAAACAAAGAAUUGCAGCAUUGGCGCAGGAUAAGAUUUUCAAAGAUGCUCAUCAAGAAGCAUUGAAGAGGGAAAUAGAGAGGCUAAGGCAAGUAUAUCACCAACAAAACCUCAAGAAGAUGGAGAACGUUGCUCAAUCACCAACACCACCCUCAGACACCAUAACAACUCCUGAAAAAGAACAGCUCCUCAAUGUUUCCUCCUAAUCAUCAUUUAAUUUCCUCUAGUGUGGUUAAUUAAGGGCCUAAUGAAAUCUCAUCAUGUGGUCUCCAAACAAAUUAUACCCUAAAUUCAUGUCUAUUGAAAAUCAUGUCAGCAUUUUGGAUAAUUGAUUUCAAAACUACAUCGGUCUUUUGAAGAAAUUGAAGACGAAUCAAUUAUAAGAAAAAUAGACGCACAGUUGUAUACAACUGAUUAUACUCACCGUGUGAGCAAGUUUGCUGAUUUUGAAGACAUGAUGAACAUGGAAAGAAGUCACAUUAUUCUAGGUGACUUGGCUGCUGCUGCUGACCUGUGCAGUCACGUGUUGUGUUUAGCUUUAAAGAAGGGGACCACUCAGAUAAUGAAUGAUUGGGUUGCAGGAAGGAACAUGUGCAUCUGUGGUUUUUAGAAAGAAAAGGAGGACUAGGAUUGUACCGCUUUAGCUGAUUUUGGGUGUGUAUGUGAUGAUUCGUUAAUAUUCUAUUGGCAUUAUUUUUUUAAUUUUAUUUUUGGACUUUAAAUUUUCAAAUUAGUGCUAAUUGGUAUAAGGCAAAGUAUAGUGGGGUUGUGUUGGGAUGCACGAAAGUAAGGGUAGCAGCAGGGAGAUGCUCGGCACUUUGAUGUCAGAUUUGUUGUACAUUUUUAGUGUAUUAUUGGUUGUAAUAACUUCAUUGGCCGAAAUAAUUUAUCAAAACGAGGUUUAAAUUACAAAGAAAA